UACUUGGAGCUGCAUCGGCUGUCCUGGAGAUCGCCUGAAAAUAGCGAGAAGUCAACACAUCAAAAUGCCCACCAAAAAGAGUGACAAAGAUGCCUACUCAAACGGUUUCAAGUUUCAGAGAUCACUAAAGUGGUAUCCCUGUCUUUCAUUCCAAAGAAACCAUCUGAAAAUAGUGAUUUAUCUUAGGGAAUAUCAUCUACAAUUUAAAACAUACAAGAACCCCAAAUCUUAGCCCAAGAACAAAAAUGGAAGGAAAUUGGAUAGUCAAAGCAUCUCCAGUGUCCCCUAAGAGAAUUAAAAUAGCUCCAAUCCCUUUGAAUGGUGAUUCACUCCUAAAUCGCUAGUUCUUGUAUCAAAUUCCUCCAAAUCUUGACAAAAUGGGCUUACAGACCCCGUUUUUUAGACACCAGCAAGGUCCAGGGCAGUUUAAAACUCCAGAGGCCACCCCAGGCCACCAUUCAUGUCAUAAAACUCCUCAACCUAACCUGAAAUCGCUUUCUUUUUCUCCAAUUUAAGGGGCGUAUUUUCAGCUGGGGCAGCACACAAUCGCUCACACAAUCGAUUUUUUCAGAGAGGAGAAUAGUCUUUGAUUAUCGUUGCAUAUGCACGGCUAUCAUUUCCUAUUAAAGAGGGCACCGCCUGAGACGGCAAACCCCUAUUAGUAUGUCCAUAUAACAAUAAAACCUAAUACG